AUGUUUCAGGUGAUAUUUCGUGAUUUUAAGACGUCCAAUAUUUUAUUAGAUGAGGAUUUCAACCCGAAGCUCUCAGAUUUCGGGCUUGCUAGAGAAGGCCCAACUGAGGGUAACACACAUGUCUCAACCGCUGUUAUGGGUACACAUGGUUAUGCAGCUCCAGACUACAUUGAAACGGGUCAUCUAACAGCAAAAAGUGAUGUGUGGAGCUUCGGGAUUGUUCUAUACGAGAUCCUAACAGGAAGGCGUUCAUUAGAAAGAAGCCGACCAAAAGAAGACCAGAAACUGAUAGAUUUUGUAAGACGAUAUCCAAUCGAUAGUAAAAAGUUUGGGAUAAUCAUAGACCCACGCCUUGAAGCUCGAUACUCCCUCACAGAUGCUAGAAAAAUUGCGAAGUUAGCAGAUAGUUGUUUGCUGAAGAGUGCAAAAGAUCGACCUAAAAUGAGUCAAGUGGUGGAGUCUUUGAAGCAGAUUUUGGAUGUUUCAACUGAAGGAAGCCCAUCAAAUAAAAGUUAUGAGGUUGGUGAUGAUGAACCAGGGGAGUUGACUGAAAAGUCAAAGACGGGGGAAGUCUCGGAUUCAUCCAAGAGGAGAUUGGCUCAGUUGGCUAAGCUGAGUGAACAUGUUGGGGGAGUUAGUAAGAAAGGGUUUAUGAUAAUGCAUAGAGCUAAAGUGUCUUAA